CCUUUCUUGCUUUCUACGCCUUUUAUCGUCGUCGAGAUGGCGAAGGAUCCCGUUCGAGUUCUUGUCACUGGCGCUGCAGGACAAAUUGGUUAUGCACUUGUACCAAUGAUUGCUAGGGGAGUGAUGCUUGGCCCAGACCAGCCUGUUCUCUUGCACAUGCUUGACAUUCCACCUGCUGCAGAAGCACUCAAUGGAGUCAAGAUGGAGCUGGUUGAUGCAGCAUUUCCUCUUCUUAAGGGUGUCGUGGCCACAACUGAUGCUGUGGAGGCUUGCACUGGAGUCAAUGUAGCUGUUAUGGUUGGUGGUUUUCCAAGGAAAGAAGGAAUGGAGAGAAAGGAUGUGAUGUCAAAGAAUGUUUCCAUAUACAAGUCUCAAGCUUCUGCCUUAGAAGCACAUGCUGCUCCAAAUUGCAAAGUGCUGGUUGUCGCUAAUCCUGCUAACACUAAUGCUCUUAUACUGAAAGAGUUUGCUCCAUCCAUCCCUGCGAAAAACAUCACUUGUUUGACAAGGUUGGAUCACAACAGGGCACUAGGUCAGAUUUCUGAGCGAUUAAACAUUCAAGUUAGUGAUGUCAAGAAUGUCAUCAUCUGGGGAAAUCAUUCUUCUACUCAGUAUCCUGAUGUAAGUCAUGCAACCAUUAAAACUCCAAGUGGACAAAAGCCUGUUCGUGAGCUUGUUUCUGAUGAUGACUGGCUCAAGGGAGAAUUUAUCAAGACUGUUCAACAACGUGGUGCUGCAAUAAUCAAAGCAAGAAAGCUUUCUAGUGCUUUAUCUGCUGCCAGUGCUGCUUGUGAUCACAUACGUGAUUGGGUUCUUGGGACCCCUGAGGGAACUUGGGUUUCCAUGGGUGUCUACUCGGAUGGUUCAUAUAAUGUACCAGCUGGGCUGAUUUACUCUUUUCCAGUCACAUGCCGUGCUGGCGAGUGGACCAUUGUCCAAGGACUAUCUGUUGAUGAAUUCUCAAGGAAGAAAAUGGAUGCAACAGCCGAGGAAUUAACGGAGGAGAAGGCUCUUGCGUAUUCAUGCCUGUCUUGAGCUUCUCCUCGAGUUACUAGUGGGUUUCUAUUUUGCCACCUUUUCAAACUGCAUGGAGAUCGAGAUUUGAAUAAACUUGCUAGUUAAUUUUUUUUACUGAAUUUUUGCUGUAAAACUCAUCUUCGAAUAACUUAGAUGUGAUGCACAAUGUUCGUCUUGUUUUCAUCACAAAGCAUGAAGCUGAUAUUAUCUAAUCUUGAACAUUUUCUGAGGAAUGCUAUAUAAAAUGUGUUAGUUGCUUCA